CAAAAAUAAAACAAAUACCUCCAGCUUUGCCAUGGACUCUCUAGGCGAUACAAUGGUCGAUUGCCUGGAUCUGUUCAAGGACGAGGAUGCGCUUAAUAUCAUACGAGAUGCUCUCCAUGAUUCAGACAUGAUAGAUAACUUCUUUAGUGAAAUGGAUAUGGACUUGGAUCAGGCGCAAAUGAAUGAAUAUGCCUUGCAAUUGGAUGAGUCACAACCAAUGCCAAUUAUAUGCCCCACAAUGGAGGAUACUCAGGCACAACAGCAGCAGCCGCAGCAGCAGCAGCAGCAGCCGGGACAGGAUCUAAUUAAAAGCGAGCAUAACUCACCAGUCCAUAUUAAGGAAGAGCUUCAACAGCAAAUGCAACAGGGACAGCAGCAACAACAGCAGCAGCAGCAGCAGCAGCCAUCAAUGCCAUUGCCGAUAUACAAGCCGGAUCCCUUGAUGGCAGCUAAUUAUAAUUUGCAACCCACAACAACCAUACAUCAUAUGGAUAAUCAGCGAUUGCCACCCACAACAGCACUUAUCUAUAAUACAACACCGACGCCAACGGCAACGGUUUAUCAGUCCACUCCCACUCCGCCUACCCCGCCAGCGGAGAGGAUACAAGCCCAUCAGGCAUCACCCCAAGCACCAUCUCCUCCACAGCAGCCCCCACAACAGCAAUCCCAAAAUCCUCAACCCUUUAUAUUUUACACCACCUCCCCAUUGGCUCCUAUUGCCACGCCCUCACCAGUCAGUUUGCCCGUACUACAGCCGGCUCAAUCUGUAGCCAGUCCGAAAACCUCACCGCCCAUAGCCCAUACCGGAAGGUCGUCCAACAAACAUCGUGCCCCCCUGGCCCCUUCAGUCAACGACACGUCAGCGGCGGCGUCGGCGGCGGUGGCGGCGACGGCUCCCAAGGUGCCCAUACAACGUGUCCAACCCAAAGUUAAGGAGGUUAAACGUUCGGCCCACAAUGCCAUUGAGCGACGUUAUCGCACUUCUAUCAAUGACAAGAUCACCGAAUUGAAGAACCUCGUCGUCGGCGAGGCAGCCAAAUUGAACAAAUCGGCAGUUUUACGCAAAUCCAUUGAUAAAAUCCGUGAUCUGCAGCGCCAGAACUAUGAGCUUAAGAGUGAACUUCAACACAUGCGUGAGCUGAUGGCUCGUGAUGGGUCCAAGGUCAAGGAUCUACUUCAAUUGGGCGGAAGUUCGUCCAAAAAGCGUCGCCAGCAAUCGAUGAUAUCUGAGCCGGAAGUGGGUCUCACGCCGCCACGCAGCGAUACCUCAGAUCCGUCGCUAUCGCCUCUGCACUCGGAUAUAUCAUUGCCGCCAUCGCCAUAUGGUGGUUCGACGGCCAGUUGCAGCAGCAAGGAUGAUCUGAUGGUGACACCUCCACCCAGUUCGAUGCGGGGCAUGGGCAGCCAUUCCCGAUUGGCCCUCUGCAUGUUUAUGUUCGCCGUCCUGGCCGUGAACCCCUUCAAGAGUUUAUUGUCCCAUUCGGGUCCAGCAUUCGGUGAUGCCCUGGACAAUGAACAGAGUCGCCAGCGACGCAGCAUUCUGUCUUACGAUGUCAAUGAUGAUGAAAGUGGCUCUGGCUAUGGUUUCUUUGCCGACGGCUCUUGGCUAUGGCUAUUGAAUUUGACUCUAAUGCUUGGUUGUCUUAUCAAACUAUUGGUCUAUGGUGAUCCCCAAUUGGAUUCCCAAUCGGACGCUUAUUGGCAGCACAAGCAACGGGCCGAAACGCAUUUUAUGCAAGGACAAAGUGAUCAGGCCUAUACGGGCUACCUGAAUUGUUUGCACAUGUACGGCUUGAGUUUGCCUUCAACACGCUUGGAGUGCUAUUUGCAAACAUCUUGGCAGGUUCUGCGGUUUCUUUUCCAUCGCCUCUGGCUGGGUCGUGUGCUAUCCCGACGUGCUGGCGGUCUAUUUUGCAGUGCUCCCCAACGGAAACAGGCUUUGGCCUCGGCCCGAGAGCUGGCUUUGCUCUAUAAUCGUUUGAAUCAAUUGCAUUUGACUGGCAAUGGUAAUGGCAACGGCAAUGGACGCAGUGAUGGCAAUGGCUUAAUGAUGGCUCUAUAUGCCAGCAAUAUGGCCGAAGUGGCCCAUCAAUUGUUGACGCCACGCGAGACAAUUUGCAUACACGUGAUGACCGCAUUGCGCAUGAAACGCAGUGCCCCCAAAUGGUUCCAGCAGCUCUUCGCCCGCUACUACAUGGGCAGGGCACGGCUCGAGUGUAAUCGCACACGGGCAGCUGAGGAGACACAGAGUCUACGUUGGGCAUUCAGUGCUUAUGGUUUCCGCUACUGCAGUACACACAAUUUCCGUACAGCCGAUCAGGAUGGUUUCUUUACACGCUUGCGGAAUCCCUGUGAUCCUGCUUCCCAUGCCAUUAAGCAUUAUCGUGAGCAUUUGUUAUACAAGGCCAUACAAUGUCUAGUGGGUGCUAGUGGUCAUAAAUCUGUGCCCACUUCCCCAAAUGCAGCUUCAACUGGUGGCGAGUCCGAACAAUUGCAACAACAACAACAACACUCUGGUACAAUUGUCAGCAAUGUCCUUAAAUAUACAUCACUUUUGCGUGAUACUCUCUGGGCGGAUGAUGAAAAUGAUCCGGAUACAAAUGUAAUCUGGUGGGCAAAUGUCUUGGAAAUCUCUGUACAUUGGCUACUCGGCGAGGACACGCUUGCUGAACAAUUGUAUGAUAGCAUUAAACAAUUGCCAGCACAAUUGCAACAGAAUAGCCAUGCCGAACAUUUACCCAAGGCUUUGCAUGCCAUACUAAGAGCCAAAAUGAUAUUGUUAAUGAACAAUGGCAACACUUUGGAUAAACGUCUUAAGCAAUCAAUUAAUAGUCUUUGCGAUGAAUCAAGUGGACAAUUGCAGGAAUGCCUGACAGUCAAUCGUAUUACCAAUGCCAAGGGUAUUGCUUUGCUUUUCCAAUUGCUCACCUGUGAUUGGUUACUCGAAACUCGUACAGCUUUGUGGGAACAGGAAUAUAUGGAUAUAGAGGAUGAUGGUUAUUAUCAAGUGCCAGGCGAGGUACUUGAAAAAUUCCAAACCGAUUUGAAUUCAUUGCGCAGCAUUGUCGGAAAUAUACCCAAUGCCCAAUCUCGAAUUUAUUUGUAUGAAGCCGUUUGCCGUUUAAUGGCCGGCGCAUCACCGUGUCCUACCCAACAACUAUUGGAUAGGAGUCUACGUUCACGCUAUGCCCAUUCAUCGAUAUUUUGUGGUAGCAAAGAUCGGCGACAUCAGAAUUUCGAUACCGGUGAAAGGGAACGAGCUGCUGCCGUUUAUAUGGCCUGUAAAUAUCUACCGCCUGGGCUAUUAUGCUCACCUGGCGAGCGUGCUGGCAUGCUGGCUGAGGCAGCCAAAACCCUGGAGAAAGUUGGUGAUAAGCGCAAGCUUAAGGAAUGCUAUCAACUGAUGAAAACAUUGGGCAGUGGCGGUGUUACUGUCAAGGCUUAAACGAUGAGUCGAUGGAGGAAGGGAGGGAGGCAGGGAGGGGUAUACACAUUAAUUCAAAAUUUCCUUUUGCUUAUUCUUAAUAAUUGUGAACUACAUACAUACAUACAUAUAUAUUCCCCACUCACUCUGGCACACACACAUAAAACACACCUCCUAAUUGUGUUUAGUUAAGUAAUUAGUUGUAUUUGUGUACGUUUAUUUUUUUUUUCUUCUUCUAUAUAUAUACAUAUAUUCUUACAAAUUACCGUUGAAUUGGCUAUAAUAUAUUUAUUUCAAUAAAUAUUUAAACAUUUUGACGUUAA